AUGCUCAAUAUUGGCGUGAUUGGGAUUGGCCGGAUUGGGCGUCAACAUGCCCUGAACGCACUUCAUCAUGUACCGCGGACGAGGCUCCUCUGUGCUUGUUCCCCGGCACAAGCUGACCUCGACUGGGCGGACGAACAUUUGAUUCCAUACGGAGUCCAUGUAUACCGAACCUUUGAGGAAAUGAUCGCUGAGACUGGAUUGGAAGCCGUCAUCAUCGCCUCCACCACCAAAGUCCACCAUGAGCAAGUGCUCACAUGCAUCGGACGAGGCCUCCAUGUCCUUUGCGAGAAACCUUUGGCCAUGAGUGUCAAAGAAGCGCAAGAUAUCGUUGGAGUAGCUAAGAGACCUCAAAAUGCGCAUCUGAAAGUCAUGACAGCAUAUUCUCGUCGAUUCGAUGAUUCCUAUCAGAAGGCUGUAAAUGCCAUCAAGGCUGGCAAGAUUGGCGCUCCCGUAGUUGUUCGCAGCGAAACUCGGGACAUGUACGACGAUAGCGAGUUCUAUCGGAGAUACAAGAUGGCCAAUCCUGGUAUAUUCAUCGACACCCUGAUCCAUGACAUCGACCUCACUUUGGCGUUCUUUGGCGAAAAUGCAAGGCCAAAGUCAUGCCAUGCCAUUGGCACAAUCUCAUUGCACAAGGAGUUGUCCCAGAUACAAGAUGUCGACAACGCCACCGGAGUCGUGGAAUGGUAUCCUCAGUCCGAAACAGGGGUGGCUCCAAUCUCUUACUACUUUGCCAGCCGGAUCAUGCGCCAUGGGUUUGACAACCCUACAGAGAUCAUUGGCACAGAAGGAGCCUUGAAAAUAAAUCUGCAUCCACACCGAGACCUGCUCAUGAGUGCAGACAGGGAUGGUAUUGGAAACGAUGUUAUGCCGGAUUUCUACGAGCGGUACGAGAAGGCAUUUAUUACAGAGUUAAAGAUAUUUGCGGAUGCCGUCCUGGAUGGGAAAGAUAUACCGUAUGAACUUGAAACAUCCAUCAAAGGCAUGGACAUUGCAGCCGCCCUCCAAGAGAGCUUGAGGACAGGUGAGAAGAUCAGCUGGGACCUGGACGGAAAGAGGCUCGUCGCUCCAAGUAAGUUGUAG